AGGAGGUUGAACCGAGGACGUGAGGUUCCUUGAAAAAGUGGCAUCUGCUUGAGGAAGGCGAGUCUCCUGCAGACCAUCAGCCUCUCUGGACUUUAACCAACCACCGUGUCCGUGACUCACUUUAUCCGGAUUCUAACCUGCUCCCACAGUCUAUACCCAACCAUGAGGACAAACGUAUGGAUUUCCCAAAUUUUGGUCGUUGUUUUGGUGAUUAUUCUGGAUACAGGUUGCUGUAGAAAGCCUCAGUUACAGAAGUACGAAAAGACCGAGAGCCACAUGCUGGUUUGUACCGACUGUCCUCAGACCCCACUGGUACGAAACAACAUCUCACAGGACCAGUGCGCCCGAAGGUGCAAGAAGGUCAAGAAAAACUUCAGCUGCAGAGCUUUCAACUUUCAAAGGCACAACAGGAAAUGCCACUUGCUCCCUUUUGACCGUUUCACCCACGGUGUGCAGAAGCUGGCCAACAUCAACUUCACUUUGUACGAAAAAAAAGAUUAUAUAAGGGAGUGUAUCAUCGGCACCAAGGACAACUACAGAGGGAGGAGAUCUUGGACAAAGUCAAACAUCACUUGCCAAGCUUGGUCUGAUAAUAACAUCAAUGAGCACACGUUUAAUCCAGAAAGGUACCCAACGCAGGACCUGAGGGAGAACUUCUGUCGGAAUCCCAACAACGAUCGUGGUGGUCCUUGGUGCUACACCACUGACCCCAACGUUCGAGCUGAGGAGUGUGGCAUACCACAUUGUUCAGAGGAGGUGUGUAUGAUGUGUAAUGGAGAGGAUUACCGGGGAAAAAUGGACCAUACAGUAAGUGGCAAGGAGUGCCAGAGAUGGGAUUCAGCAAGGCCUCACAAACACCACUUCCAGCCUAAAAAGCAUCGGGAUAAAGACCUAAAGGACAACUACUGCCGUAACCCGGAUAAUCGUCUCCGACCCUGGUGCUACACCAUGGAUCCCAAAACUCCGUGGGAGUACUGUAACAUCACUGUGUGUGAUUCAGACCCCGGUGAGGACACCGGUGUCAACAUAACAACAUCCUGCGUCCAGGGUGAGGGGACAGAUUACAGAGGCACGAUGAAUGUCACUCCAGAAGGUGUGACAUGUCAGCGCUGGGACUCUCAGUUUCCCCAUAACCACUCGUUUCUGCCUCAGAAUUUUAAAUGCAAUAUGUGUGUGUGUUAUAGAGACCUCAGGGAAAACUACUGCCGUAACCCUGAUGGAGCAGAUUACCCAUGGUGCUUCACUACAGACCCUAAUCAGAGGAUAGCCAGGUGCACCCACAUCCCCAGAUGUGAUGCAAAUGCCACACAAGUUAUCGAGUGUUAUGAGGAAAAUGGAGAAUUGUACCGGGGCACUUUAUCUAUAACUCGAUCUGGGAUUCCCUGUGCAGACUGGUCGCAUCACAUAAACAGUGAGGAUUCUCACUCUACAGUAUCCCAUGUAGGGCUGGACAAGAACUACUGCCGGAACCCAGACCGGGACAAGCAUGGCCCCUGGUGUUACACCAGUCCAAAUAACCGUUUGACCUGGGACUACUGCAAACUGAAGCACUGCGAAUCAACAACAAUGGCUCCUCAACCAAACACUCUAACCAGGCCUAAGAUAUCAUGCUUUGUGCAUAUAAACACCAGAAUAGUUGGAGGACAUAAAGUACGAGGUACAGAUGGCAGCUGGGUUGUAAGCAUCCAAAGGGAGAAGGUUCAUUUGUGUGGCGGCUCACUGAUUAGAGAAGACUGGGUUUUGACGGACCAGCAGUGCUUCACGUCCUGUGUUCCAGAUCUCAAGGAUUACAGCGUGCAGGUCGGUCUGCGUCACCUCAACGAGUCUUCAAGCCGUGCGACACUGCGCAUCUCUCGCCUGAUCUGCGGCCCAGAGGGAUCCAAUCUGGUUAUGUUGAAACUCGAAGACCCCGCCCCCGUGUCGGAGGGUGCUUCCACCAUUCAUCUUCCGGUAAAAGAGUGUCACAUUGCCGAAGGCACCAACUGCACCAUGUAUGGAUGGGGGGAAACUAAAAAUACAGGACAUGAUGAAGCACUAAAUAAAGUAACCAUGCCCAUGGUCAACAAUGAAAUAUGCUUACAAAUCAAAGGGGAUGCUGGGGAAAGCAGAAUAUGUGCUGGUGGAAACAUAGGAGAAGGAGUAUGUGAUAGAGACUAUGGUGGUCCAUUGGUUUGCCAGGAGCAUGAACGCAAAGUUAUCAUCGGUGUGAGCAUUCAAAGGACCAAAUGUGCCUCAUCGCAGCCCGCGCUUUUUGUUAACGUUGCUUACUACUCGGAGUGGAUUUACAAAGUGUUCAAACUUUACCCCAGUGUGGAGAGGAACUGAUGCUUUGGCGUGAAGAGAAAUCUCAGAGUGGAGUCUGAGAAAACAAGACUUUUUCAAUGUGAAGGAGCAACAAGGAAAAAAGGACCCUAUGGAGAGUGGUCGACAUGGUAUUUUGAGACUUGGAACUGGAGACUGGAUGUACCAAAUGGGAUCUCACCACUUUACAAAUGAGCAGAACUUGGUACUAUUUUUACAGCCAAAGUCUUGGGCACAUGGAUGGUGCACUAAUUUUUAUCUUGACAUCUUCAUAAUUUUUGAAGCCAUGUAAACAAAGAAGAUGAGAGAGACACUUAUGACUUAUAUCCUGGAAUCUACUUGAACCCAGCUUCAUGGCGGUUACCAGUUAAGGUAGCCCUCUUUGAACGGGAUUUCCUUUCUACUUGUUUUUUUUUAUGUUACUUUGGACCACAAAAUGUGCCUUUUUUUUUUAUCUUGGACUAAAGGAAAUGGCUCCUUUGUGUCAGCAAAUGUACUUGUUUCGUUUUAGGAUACUUCACAAAUACCACAGUUAAAAUAAUCCAGUAAAAAACUUAAAUAUAGGCAUUAAAUUGUCAUUCAACUCCCCCUUAUGAAAAAAAGUGAAGGCAAUCAGUCUGUAAAGCCACGUCUAAGUCCAGCACAGGUUUAAACUUGGCUUCAGACUCAACACUCAGCUAAUGGGUAGAAUACACACCAGUAGCAGCCUCUGCAAGCCUUACAGAGCUAAUUAUGUGCAGUAGCUGAACUACCUUUUCCCCAGUUAGCUGUAACUGUUAGUUUCCCCGUGAGAGGGUCUAAGUAGGGCUGAGCAAACUGCUCCAAAUCUUAUGCUAAUAUUUGUAGCAUGAGAGAGAGAAGAGCCAUGCCAAAUAUAACAUGGCUAUUUGGUCUCCAGUUUGGAGGGAACUGUGGCCCCUGGUGGGCUGUGUGUGGUCAGUAGAAUAUUUGAUACUUUUUUUGUUUCAUGGAAAGUGACUUUGUAUGUACAAACCUGCAGGUUUAUUAUGUUUCUGCCGUGCUGUAAGAUUUUAUAGGUCUUAUAGAUCUGGAGUAUUUUGGGUUCACUCAGUAAUGUCAGAUUGGCUUCUUUGUGCUUCUGAAUGUGUUAAAUAUUUAAGGAGAUUGCUAGCUUAUAGAAAUGUGUAUUUAUUUUAAUGAAUUAGCUAAUUGGUUUAAAAAAAAAGAAUCCGUAAUUUGAUGGGAUUUUACACUGUAGUGUUUUUUUUUUUUUUGUUUGUUUGUUUGUUUGUUUUAACCUGAGAAUAUAAAAUCCUAUUUCCAAAGAAAUGUAAUACUUUGCAAUCCCCCUCAGAUUAUAUCAAAGUACAAAGACAACUUAUCAAAUGCUGAUACUGAGAAACGAUAUUCUUUUAGAAAUACACAGUUUGAAUUUGAUACCAAACAUGUUUUCGUACUAUAACGCAUCAUCAGAUGUCGACCGGUAAACUGUUGCUCCAUUUCGUUCAAGCUCUGAGUCUGCAACUUCCAAACAGAAUUUCCAACUGGGAUCAUAUUUCCAGUUUUUAACACAUAAUGCAUUUUUAGAUCUCCUAUAUGUAUGUCUUAGGUUUUAGAGCUUUAACUCGCAUUAGUAAAGAAUACUGUCUGUUUUUAAUGCAGCACUCCCUCCAACAUCCGUUCCCUGAAGGAUUCAGCCUCUCUGGGAUGCUCAUAUUCUACCGGUUGUGGUACAAAUCUGUUCUCAGCUGACCUGAUGAUGCUUAUGUUAGAUGUUUUAAAGUAGGUGAGCCCCUGCUACAGUUUUUUUUUUUGUUUGUUUGUUUUUUUUGUAACAUCUCACAGGGAUAAAAUCACUCAGUUUCAACAUUUGUUGUUAUCUUUUACAGUUAACAAUACAAAGUACAGCAUGUCUCAUAUGGCCAAACCUCUUAAAUAAGGCCUUCUAGAUCUGGUUGUAGGAUUGUUAGGUGGUCUUUAUAAAUUCCUUUUAGGCAUGUGAGUGGUUGGUUGUUUCUGUGUUGGCACUGCAAUGAACUGGCAACCUUUCCAGGGUGUACCCUGCCUCUUGCCUAGUUACUGGGACAGGCCCUCUGCAACCCUGCAUUGGAAUAAGCAGGUAGGAUGGAUGGAUGGAUGGUGUUAACAAGAAGGAAUCAACCAAAUGAUGUUAUCGUUUUUACUGGAUUGGAUUUAUUUUAAUACAUAACGAUCCAUUAUUCUGUUGUAGCCACAUUUGUAUUAUUACUUAUUACUAAUUAGCCUCAGAAAAUACAAAAAUCUGAUUUUUGAUUAACGCAUGAAAUCCCAAUUCUCAAGUUUAGGUGAACUGCUAUAAAUAUCUGUUGAAGUGGAGAAACAAAGAAACACGUUUAACACAGUGGGUUAACAGUAGUUAAUUGUUAGAGCAACCUUUACAAUAAGAGCAACUUAUUAUAUGAAAGCAAACCUCAAAUAGUCUUGCACAGUUCACGACUAACGUGAUGUCAGUUAUAAUUACGGAAGCUUCAUCAAAGGCUGAUCUGUGAAACCAAAUGCCGAAUAUUCUCAGUUAUGUGGCAGAUUAUAUCCGUUUUGUUUUGUUUGUAAAGUUUCUUGUUAACCAUGCUCUGAAGAUGUUGUGACUGUUAUUUAAUGAACCUUUCUGUAAAUAGCCUGUAAAUUCAAGUUGUAAAUUUUGUAUAAAUACUUUUAAAUAUACAGCUGCUAUUUUGUGUUAGCGACAUUUUUUUGUAUUAAUGACCUGAAUUUUGUAUCCUUUGUAUUAUUCCUGUUUUAAUAAACAACUUUAUACUGA